AUGGAUAAAAUCGUAUAUCAAAAAUUAGGUGCCUCGGGAUUAUCAAUUUCCCCAAUUAUCGUAGGUUGUAUGACUUUCGGCAGUAAGAACUACCACUCAUGGGUUAUUGAUGACGAAGAAACAAGUAUGAAAAUUCUAAAGAAAUGUUACGAUAAUGGCUUAAGAACAUUUGACACAGCUGAUGUGUAUUCGAAUGGUAAGUCUGAAAUCCUUCUAGGUAAGUUUAUGAGAAAAUAUAACAUACCAAGGGAAAGAAUUGUCAUUCUUUCAAAAGUGUAUUCUCCGAUGGACUAUAAUGACCCAAAUUUUAGUUUAUUCAAGUAUGGCACCGCCGAAUAUCCUGAAGUUAACUACGUAAACUCCAAAGGGUUAUCUCGAAAACACAUUCUUAAUGCUGUUGAAAGUUCUGUUAAAAGAUUGGGGACUUAUAUUGAUGUGUUACAAAUACACAGGUUUGACCAUAGUACACCCAAAAAUGAGAUAAUGAAAGCGUUACAUGAUGUGGUUCAAGCAGGACACGUAAGAUAUUUGGGAGCAUCUUCUAUGAAGGCUGUUGAAUUUGCGCAAUUACAGUUUAUUGCUGAUAAGAACGGCUGGACAAAAUUUAUUAGUAUGCAAAACUUCUAUAAUCUUGUAUACCGAGAAGAAGAGCGCGAAAUGAUUCCCUUCUGUAAAGACAAUGAUUUAGGAAGGGUUGGAGUAAUUCCUUAUUCGCCUAUUGCAAGUGGCCUUCUCGCACGUCCGUUGGCAUCAGAAGGAACAGAAAGGCUGACAACUGAUCCAAUAUAUGCUAAGAAAGGCUUAAGCAGACCAACUGAUGCAGAUAAGGAAAUAGUAGCCCGAGUCCAAGAACUUGCAGAAAAAUACAAAGUAAGUAUGGCAGCGGUGGCUACAAGAUGGGUGUUGUGUAAAGGGGCGAACCCUAUAGUUGGAGUCAACUCCGUGAAAAGAGUAGAUGAUUUCUUAGAAGCAUUAAGCUUUACAUUAACUGAAGGAGAAAUCGCCUUUUUAGAAGAACCUUAUGUUGCUAAAGGUGAAUAUAAUUAUUAG